AUGUUAGAAGACGACGAUGCCCCUCCGGAGCUGGUCGAUGUCUCAACACUGCCCGUCGAGCAGGACGCAGUGGAAGAGCCGGCGCAGAGUCGAGUGCCCAUUACGAUCGUGACAGGUUAUCUUGGAGCCGGGAAGACGACGCUGUUGAACUAUAUCCUGACAGAGAAGCAUGGCAAGAAGAUUGCGGUCAUCAUGAAUGAGUUCGGUGACUCAACCGACAUCGAAAAGCCGUUGACCGUCAACCAGGACGGCCAAGAAGUGACGGAAUGGAUGGAGGUCGGCAACGGCUGCAUCUGCUGUUCAGUCAAGGACACCGGCGUGAUGGCGCUGGAAUCGCUCAUGGGGCGCCGCGGCACGUUCGACUACAUCCUGCUGGAGACGACCGGGCUCGCGGACCCAGGCAACAUUGCGCCGAUCUUCUGGAUGGACGAGAGUCUCGGCAGCAGCAUCUACCUGGAUGGUAUUGUUACUCUAGUAGAUGCGAAGAACAUCUCGAAAUUACUCGACGAGCCGUCACCAGAGGAAACAGUUCACGAUGACCACGACGAUCACCGUCACGAUUCCCCCACGCUCUCCAUGGCGCAUAUGCAAAUCUCCCAUGCCGACGUGAUCAUCCUGAAUAAAGCGGAUCUCGUCUCGGAAACAGAGCUGGAGGCCGUCCGGGACCGUAUCUCCGCCAUAAAUGGCGUCGCCCGCGUCCACGUCACGGACCAUAGCAAGACGCCGCAGAUCGAGGGCGUCGUUCUGGAUCUGCAUGCGUACGAUGCGGUCGACUUUGAUAUCACCAAGGGACACAGCCAUAUUGAUCCGGCUAUAUCUACUAUUUCAAUCACCCAUGCACCUAUAUCUUCUUCUCAAGUUCCCGCCGUGGACGCAUGGCUGCGUUCUGUCCUCUGGGAAUGCACCCUCCCGAAUUCUCCCCAAGACAAACCUCCCCGCUUUGACAUCCACAGACUCAAAGGCCUCCUCGUCGUGCCCGACGGGCCUGACAAGAUCAUCCAGGCUGUGCGGGAGAUCUUCGAAAUCCGCGAGGCGCAGGCAUCGUCGGAGUCUCGCGAAUGUAAGAUUGUCUUGAUCGGGAGGGGGUUGGGUGAAGCAGAGGUUUGGCAGAGGAGUUUUGAUGAGUGUUUACAAGCUUCACUAGAAUAAUAUGAUAAAAAAAUGUUUUAGAAAAGAAAAGGGGGGGAAGGAAAAGGAUUAAUACAUGUGCGUCAAUAUACAUCCAGGUGUUGACUAGCUACCAAUAGUCCAGAAAGGAGACCAAAAAAAUAUAUGGAAUGGGAUAAAGUCAGAGAUUCAAAAAAAAAAAAAGGAAAGGAAAGGAAAGCUAAUAGGAAACUCCUGAAAGAAUGCUGAUGCAAGGAAAGAAUCGCUCAUAUGUAUACAAGAUGGAAUGGAAAUGGGUGCAGUGGUGGGGGUAUCAGUGGCGGAGCAAUUUGGCGGAGGCUAAAGGGGAAGAAUAAACAGGCAGUGCGUGGGUGGGUGUAUAGUUGGUAGACAGUCAUCUGGAUGAAAAGGCAGGGUUGAUCGGGAGGUGCGAGGCAUGCAGCAAGGCGUGAUUAGGAUCGUAUCUUGUCACUAGAGGGAUGGAAAGAGGGUCUCGACGAGGGGGAGGAGGAGGAGGAUGAGGAGGAGGGGGUA